AUGGAUCCUUCUGGAGAACACAUCACUUUGGCUAUCUGUCUUAUUACAAAAGGUAUCUUAUGGCCAUCUUAUUACAAAAGGUAUAUAAAACUGCUGAUUUUCAACAAAUAAAUAUUGGCUGUUGGUAAUAUUGUCAGAUAUGACAUAAAUAAAUGUUAAAAAAUCAAAUCUAGACCGUAUGUAGGAUCUUUUCAACGGGAGGGUGGUAAUACCGUCCUAUAGAUUGAAACAAGUACCCAAAUGUGAAUGCAUUCAAAGCCUUAAAAAAUUAUAGGUUGUAUUCAUUUUCUUGGGGGGGGGGGCAUCUACUAUAGGGGCACUUACUCCUGUUGUCCCCCCCCCCCCCCCCUGUGUACAACCUUGAUUCAAAUCAACAACAAAUUACAUUGGCUAUUUAUAAUACAAAUAUAGAAGAGGGAUACAGGAAAGUAUUAAUUUGUAUCAGAGGGAACUGUUCAGAGGAUGAUCUUUGACUGAAUAAAUGAGAAACUUUCUAAAAUCCUUUCCCACACGAGUUACAGUAUAUAAUUAUUCUGUUACAGAUAUUUGGAAUUGGUCAAUGAUGGUAAAUAUGAGUUGGUCCUUCUUCGUAUAGCAAAAGAGGUAAGUGUGUAAUGAUGACACAUGCUGGUGAUGGAACAGAUGUUAUCAAGCUGUGGUUUUGAAUACUUCAAUUUUAAGUAUGUCAAAUUUGACCCCAGGACAAAUCUGAACAUUAAUUUGGAGUUGUUUGACUCUUUUGAAUUCAUAACACUUGCAGAGUAUCUGCUUACGAGAUCCACCAGACUUUGCCGAUGUUCACUGCAUGUCUAAAUUAUAAAUUCAAAUAAAAACCCAUCAAAUGUUAACUAUUUUGAAUUUUGUGUUUUUUCACAGAUUGAUCUUUCGCCAUGUAUUCUUGCGCGAAUCAUCUUGGAAGAAUAUUUAUCUCACACAUAUUGCCAAGGCGAAAGUGGUAAAUGCAAUCAAAUGUACAGUACUACUGUAAGCCGCUUUGGUAUUGGGCUUGAAUUAAAUGUUUUAUGUUUUAAUUUACUCCCAAAAGAUGUCCUAAGCCACAUGAUUAAAGACACAUCCCUCAUUCCUAAUGAACGACUUUCUCGAGAAAUACAGCAA